CCAGGCCCACUAUCGUACUGAUAAGUGAUAUCCAAACGCGCCUCUAUUUGUGAACCCUUGUCCCUGACCUUGAGCCACUCACUCUCAUGCAAAUUAACUCGAUCCCUGCUUCAAAUUCACACUUGCCAUGGCCUUCAUCAAAAAUCCAUUAUUUUUUCACAUCAUAUAAGCAACUGAAGCCCCUUUCUUUUUCAUUAAAAGCUUCUUCUUUUGAAGCCCAAGACCCAAAACUCACUAUUCCGGCACGUCUUCCGGUGACUAUUCGCCGGUCCGGCAGUGUUUUUCAGUAUUCAUGGGAUGGUAAUCAGUUAAAGCUGAUAUCUUUAGAUAAAAGAUCCUCGCUUUCCUCUUCGUUGGAUGAUUUUGAAGAUGGGUAUAAAAGAUUGUUCAAGUUUGUUAGCUUGCCUGUUAGAAACUUUUUUUUGCCCAGGGAAAUUAGUGGGAAUUAUGUAGAAUAUGUGAAAUGGAAGUUUUUGCAUAGAGUUUUUAGCUCUGCGCUUCAAGUUCUUGCUACUCAGGCAAUGUUUAGGGCAAUUGGAAUUGGGUAUGCUCAUUCGCUUCCAUCUGCUGCCGCCCUCAACUGGGUAUUAAAAGAUGGUCUCGGACGCCUUAGUAGAUGUAUCUACACUGCUUGUUUAGCGUCGGCUUUUGAUACUAAUCUUAAGCGAGUUAGGUUCUCUACCUCGGUUGUGUUCAGUUUGAGCGUUGGCCUUGAGUUGUUGACUCCUGCAUUUCCUCAGUACUUCCUUCUUCUUGCAUCUGUUGCCAAUAUUGCAAAGCAAAUAAGCCUUGCAUGCUACCUAGCAACAAGUUCUGCUGUUCAUCGAAGCUUCGCAAUAGCAGACAAUCUGGGUGAAGUUUCUGCGAAAGCACAGAUUCAAUCCGUGUCAUUCGACAAUCUUGGUCUUUUGCUAGCUGCAUCCUUGAAUAUGUUGUUUAAAAAUAGCCCCAGAUUGCAAGCAGGUUUACCAUUUGCUAUAUAUCCAGUAUUCACGGCAAUUGACCUUUUUGGAAUUUAUCAAGGGCUGAAGCAUGUCCAUCUACAAACUUUGACCAAGGAUAGACUUGAGAUUAUACUAAAUACGUGGAUUGAGGUAGGAUAUAUCCCAUCACCUGCGGAAGUAAGUAAUGCUGAAGGAAUUGAUUUCUUGUCUAAUGGAGGCAGGGAACUGUGGAACAUUAGAAUUGGCUGCUUAAAUACCAAGAGUCAAAUACCAAUGCUGUCAAUGAUGACCGUAAAAUCUUUAAAGAAUGAAGAUUUAUACUUUAUUUGUAUGGAGAUAUCUCAACAUAAGUUGCUAAGGAAGAAUCAUCUAGGUAUACUGCUUUGUGUACGUGAAGGGGCACAGACUGCAGAUGUUAUUCUGGGUUUAUUGCAGGCAUGUUAUCUUCGCAAGAGACUCCUAUGUAGUGCAACCAAAUGGGACACUAUAUUAGAAGCUUGCCACAAAUCAGAUUUAGUACUAGGUGACUGGUUUAGUCUAGUAGAAGACAGCAAACACUCAGCACUUGCAAAUUUCGACUUGUUAAAAGAAAAAUUAGUGGAAGCAGGUUGGGCUAGCAAGAACAUUUUGUUGAGCACAAAGGAGCAAGCUCGUUACAGUUUUCUAGAUGACCCUCAGGGAUAAGAGAUAUCGCACGAACGUGGUGGACUCCUAAGGAGAUUUAUUAAAUUUUGGUUUAAGAUGUGCGCUCAUCAAAUGGUCAUGAAAUCAUGCAGUUCCACCCAUUUAAAAUUGAAUUAGUGGAAAUGGGUAGUUUAAGCAUAGUCUCAUGAUCACCUCAAUUUUUUCAAGAUAGGUCCCUUUUUAUUAUAAAGAGAACUUCUCAUUAUAGGAUCUCCAGGGAUGAGUCUCCCUAAGAGUUUUGUUACCUUUUUUUAUACAAGUCAUAUUUGUUAGCAAGUGGUGAAUAAUGUUUUCAGCCCGAAACAUAUUUAGGGUAGUUAAAUUCACGAGUUUAUGUGAUGAAUUUACAACUAAAGUGUGAAAUAAGUACGUAUACAGUUUGACAAGUCCUUGAAGAGUGAAAAAUUGAAUAUGAUACUUGUAAUUGUAAAGAACUCAGAAGUUCAAUAUACUUGCUUCUUUUCUUC